AUGGGGGUUAGAGUGCCCCGAACCUCGGUUUUACUUCCCGGAAGCCGUCGGCCGGUGUCGACAACACAUGUGCUUAGGACCGAGGCCCUAAUCGCGGCCUCCCGCCAACCCCACCUCACCCGAGACAUGAGCGGUGUUUUCUACGGCCACAUCGCAACGACCUUACCACACACCAGUUCUAGACUCCAGGCUGUCGAUUUCCGGGGACGGCUUGCGGCGGCAUAUCCUUGGACAACUUCCCCGCUCAUCGUGGGUGCACCGAUGCGGGUCAUGUCUGGGCCAGAGUUGGCCGUAGCCGUGUCACGGGCGGGAGGAUUUGGCUUCAUUGGCCCCGGCUUGAAGCCGGAGAGUACGGGAACCGACCUUGAAACCGCGAAAGAAUUACUCGCGUCGUCUAGCAUUCCGGGAGCGCCCCAUAACUUGUUACCCCUCGGUGUCGGGUUCCAGAUUUGGAACGGCGAUGUGGAGGUCUCGGCAGCAGCAGUCUCGCAGUAUCGUCCUGCAGCAGCCUGGCUCUUUGCACCGAGGAACGGGCAAGGUGAUGUCGAUGUUUGGACCCAAAAGCUGCGCGAAGCAUCUCCCGAGACCAAGAUCUGGCUCCAGAUCGGAACACUUCAGGAGGGUCUAGAUGCCGCCCGGAGCGCCUCUGCUCCAGAUGUUCUUGUUGUCCAAGGCGCUGAGGCCGGGGGACAUGGUCGGGCAUCAGAUGGCACCGGCUUCAUCACUCUAUUGCCGGAAAUUGCCGACGCGACCAAGGAUAUCGGCAUCCCAUUGAUCGCGGCUGGAGGAAUUGCCGAUGGGCGGGGUGUGGCCGCAGCACUCGGAGUAGGCGCGGCCGGCAUCACCAUGGGCACAAGAUUUCUCGCGUCUCAAGAGGCCCGCAUCAAAAAGGGGUAUCAGGACGAAGUGGUGCGCGCCACAGACGGCGGAGCCAACACCCUUCGGACGCAGCUGUACAAUCAUCUCCGCGGGACGUUUGGCUGGCCCGAACAAUUUAGCCCGCGCACCAUUGUCAACCAGAGUUGGCGGGAGAAGGAACGUGGGACAUCGUUUGAGGAGAUCAAGAAAAAACAUGACGAUGCCGUCGGUAAAGGGGACGCCGCAUGGGGCCCGGACGGGUGGACGGCAACCUAUGCCGGAGCCAAUAUUGGGUUAGUCACAGAAGUGGCGGCGGCGGGCGAGAUUGUAGACAAGACUCGAAGCGAAGCACGAAACAUUAUUCAGGCAUUGAGUGGUGGUUUGUAA